ACUCGAUUGUAAUGUGCCAUUUGCCACUUUUAUUAAGAAUAGCGUAUAACAGAUAACACGUUUAUGUUAGUAAUACACCGUUAAUUGAUUUCUGGAGUUUUACAGUUAGAAUAAUUGAUCGCGUCAGAAACAGUUGUGUCAGCAAAGAGAGCAGUGAUUUAACUUCAUUUUAAUACAAAGUUUAAGAAUCAUCAGAUUCGUAGAUCUAACCAGUUGAAAAUUGAUUGUUCUUAAGCCUAUUUUUUAUUAUAAAUAUAUUAUGAUAAUUGAACAGCAAUAGAAUGCAGCGGCACAGCGUUGAAAUGUUCAAAACUUUUUUCCUUGUCACAUUUAUUUUUUUGGAUCUGUCUGCAUCAAGUGUAUCUUCGAGGGAUGGUGAGUGCAAAAUAUCAGUCAAAAAUGAUUUCCCUAAUGAAAAAGAGCCAUUUUUACUGAAGAGAGAUGAGAAAGGUCUCGAUUUCUUUUUGCCCAAAUUUGAAAACAAAGACGAUGUGUUUCAUAUCAAUGCUCGUGAUGAAUUUUACGUUGUUUGCCCUUCGAGAGCUAAUAGGUUGCAGAAAACUAGUAAGCCUAUGCAAAAAGUUAGUUGUAAAGGCGACAACGUGUUCGUGGUGAAUCAUGAGGAAGUAACCUUCAAGACCCUUGCCUGUCAGAGAAAUGUGUCUUCAAGUAUUAAUAUCACUAGUCGACCAUGCGCCCAAUCGAAGGGGAUAAUAGUUGAAGUCGGAUUUCAGGCGGCAGGAUGGCAUUCACUUAUAAAAAUAUGCCACAAUCAAACUAAUGGAUUGAGCUAUUAUUCCUUGCACACGGUCCGGAGAGAAUUGAUAGAUGGUGGAUCCUACCAAAGAAGCUCUUUUAGAAAAGAAUCAAAAGAUUUAUUCAAAGAUUACAAUCCAGACAAUUACUAUAAAAAAAAUCAUCAAAUCACAAUGUUAAAAAAGAUAGUAGGUGAUAGCAACGUCUCGAAAUAUGUAAAUAAUAAUCAAUUUAUGUCAAGAGGACACUUGACCCCGGUCAAAGAUUUACCUUUCAAAUCAUGGCAAUCGUUCACCUUCGGUUUCAGCAAUGCGGCUCCGCAAUGGCAGACCAUUAACAACGGAGCGUGGAAAAAAUUAGAAACGGCGGUUAGGGAUAAUAAACAAUCUGACGUGUACGAAGUUGCUACCGGAACAUACGGGGUGUGCAAAAUUAAAGACCAAAACGGCACUGACGUGCCACUGUCGCUCCACGCAGGCAAGAUACCGGUGCCGGAUUACUUUUGGAAACUGGUUCAAGACCCAAAGGACAAAUCAUGCAUUGUUUUUGUAUGUACAAACAAUCCGUUUCUAGAUGCUCAGCCAACACCGUUCUGCAGUGACAUCUGUACCGCAAAUAAUUGGUUUGUAAAUGAGAACAAUAUGCAAGGAAAGGCUAAAAGAGCAACGCCGAACUUAUCUCAAGGCUAUAUGUACUGCUGCAGUUAUUCGGAUUUAAAGAGCAAAAAGGCUGAUUUAGAUAUGCCAGAAUUUAAAUGUAACGGUACAUUAAAAUUUAAAUCUAAUUAACAUUAUCUAUAUUUGUUAUGUUUUAAAAAUGCCGAAAAUAUAAAUGAACGACAACAUAAAUUGAAACUUGUUAAACUAGGAUGAAUCAUGUGCUUAGUUGAAGAUUAAUUUAGGUUUUUUAAAUUAAUGAUGAUCCACAAACAGGUUAAACAUUUCUUUGAUCAAUUUUUUUGGUAUGAUUGAUCAAACGUAGAAAGUAAUUUAUAAUUUCUUUCAAUUAAUUAAUCUUUAUGUACGGUAUU